UCUGGCAACGUUAGGUAGCCUGGCGUAAACAAACAUGGCGUUGGUAUCGAGUGGGCUGCUCAUAUUUCUGGGAUUUAUAUUACGUUUGGGGCUUAUUUAUACUCCUCUGGCGCGACCAGUAUCUGACAGAGUCGAAGUGUCAACGCCUAUGAACUCUUGGAGGCGUGUCACAGAAGGGCUCUACCUCCAUCGUAUGCAGCUGUCGCCAUAUGACGGAGAUAUUUUUCAUGAGCCUCCUUUGAGCUUAAUGAUGUAUGACUACGUCACAAAAGCCAUUGAAGAGCAAUGGAUACCGCUUUUGUUUAUUGCAUGCGACUUGGUGACAGCCUUGCUUCUAGCACUUGGUGCAAAGAAGAGCGUCUUGUACAUGGUGAAACGGGAGGCCCAGGUCCAGAAAGCAAAGAGUGCAAAGAACAUUGCACUCACCAUGAAGUCAGCUGAUGCAGUCCCUAGACUUGUGCUGGCAGUGUAUUUAUUGUCUCCAUACAGCCUGCUAAAUUGCAUUGGCAUGGCUACAACGCUGUUUUCCAACCUUCUUGUGGCUUUAUAUUUUGCCAGUUUUGUUCAUGGCUGGUGGCUUAUUGCAUCGGUUGUACUGGCCGUUGAAACAUACAAGUCAUUUUAUCCUAUCAUGCUUUUGCUCCCUGCACUCCUUUAUCUGCAUGAGGUGAAGAGAAGUGUUUCUAGUCGUCAGCGAACCAGCCUUUUAAUAUCAGCUGUGGUCAUCACCUUUUUGGUCACCCUGAGUGGCCUCCUGUAUGGAUCAUACCUGGUUACUGGCUCCUGGCAGUUUCUUCACUCUACCUAUGGGUGCAUAUGUGCUGUGCCAGACCUGACACCUAACAUAGGUGUCUUUUGGUAUUUCUUUACUGAAGUUUUUGAACAUUUUCGGGUCUUCUUUCUCUGGAUUUUCCAACUGAAUACCUUCGUCUAUAUGGUUCCACUGGGCAUUCGUCUAAGGAAAGAACCACUACUCCUGUUCUUCUUGCUGGUUGCAUUGACUGCAGUUUUCAAGUCCUACCCUAGUAUCGGUGAUGUUGCCCUCUAUACAUCUCUGCUGCCCAUCUGGAAACAUGUCUUUCCAUAUAUGAAACAGUACUUUCUGGUGGGCUGUAUAUUUGUAUCAUGCUCAGCACUUGCACCGCUUCUCUGGCACUUGUGGAUUUUUUCAAGUAGUGCUAAUGCCAACUUUUACUUCGGCAUUACAUUAGCCUUCAACACCGGUCAGAUUUUUCUAAUCACAGAUCUGCUGUUUGCUCAUGUCAAGAGGAAAUUCUAUCUUGAAAAUGGCGACCCGAAGGAACUGGAAGAGAAGAAUAUGAAGUUAGAGCUACGCUAGCAGCAGUGGACUUUAGAUCAUUUUUUUAACUUCACAUGUCAGUGGACAGUUACACAUUCAUUAUCUUGCGUUUCAUUCAAUGAUGGCAUUGUGUAAUAUCACAUUAGUAUGUGUGCUGUCUUGUUGAUAUGUUAGAUGUAUCAAAGUUGCUUAGUCAACGUAUGCAUGAGUACUUCAUUAAAUAGUAGUCAUAUAGGUAGUCACCUGUAAAGCAAGUCUCAAUUCCUGCUGCAUAAUUACUAUCCUUCUUUUUUUGUAUAUUGCACUCUACAGUCACCUGUUCUUGCUCGUUACUAGGGGAAUAAGUGAAAGUAAGCAUUGCGUAGCUGCAAAAUGUGUGUAAGCACUAAAACCUGAUCUCUUUUCCUUUGUUCGAUAAGUUGUUAUUAAACUGGUGUGUUUUUCCUU